AUGAGUUUAAAAUUGAACUUAUACUCCAAACACUUCACUCGCUUUUCAAUCGUCGUCAUCGUCGUCGUCUUUUUGACCACCCUUGUCACCUAUGAUGCACGUUUUACUCAGAACUUCAACGUAGGACUUCCGGUCACCCUACUCAACACCAUCCACAACUACAGCGAGACUUGGUUCAACUCUCCCAGAAACAACAACACUACGGAUAUCAACACGUUAAGAAUUGAGCUUAAAAAGUUGGGGUACGAACCAGUAGAAGACCACGAGUUUAAAUCCCCGUUUAUCAUUAAUCCAAAACUAUACCCAAACGUUUCCAAACAUUAUCACAGCAUCACCAACACCCCUAUGAAAAUCAUAUCGUUGUACAACAGCCCGAACUGGUUCAUUAAUGACCCCCUCUUGAACCAGUUCAACCGUGACUUUAACAGGUGUGAGUACAGGUGUACCGUCGACCUGACAGGUACCAGGAAACAAGAGGCUGAUGUACUCAUCUUUUUUGUGGGGUAUUUAAAAGGGGAACCCCCGGCCCGACCCAGGGGUCAGAUUUGGGUCAAGGCCAUGUGGGAAUCUCCGGUCAACUACGAUUAUCCCAGUCCGUAUGAAUCAUGGAGAAGUGUCUUCAACUGGACCUACAACUACAGGGUCGACUCUGAUAUUUUUGCACCCAAUAACCUUUUUGUCUGGAGAGACCGAGAUCAGCUUCUGAGUGAUGGAGAAUACGUCCAAAUAGCUAAAAAUAAAACCAAGAUGGCGGCCUGGUUUGUGAGCAAUUGUGCAACUCAGAGCAGACGCCACGAGUUCACUGAACAGCUGCAGGAAUAUAUGGACGUGGACAUAUAUGGUCAAUGUGGCACUCUGAAAUGUCCCAUGAACCAGGGUCAGUGUGAGCAGAUGCUUACAACAACCUACAAAUUCUACCUGAGCUUCGAGAACUCACUCUGUAAGGAUUACCUGACGGAAAAAUUUUACCGAAAUUUCGCCGAAAGACUGCAUGUCAUUCCUAUUGCGCGGGGCGGUUUCGACUACCAGAAAUAUAUUCCGCCUGGCGGAUUUGUAGACUCUUCACAGUUUUCUAACAAUACGGAAUUAGCAAAGUAUCUGAUCGAUUUAGGAAAUGACAUAUUGAGAUACGCACAAAUGCUAAAGGAAAAAGAUAAACUAGCGAUGUUGAACAGGAAAUUUGACUGGUGUGAUAUAUGUGAAAAAGUUCAUACGGACAAGAGGGUUAAAAUAAUUCCUGACAUUAGGGAGUGGUCUCAUAAAGAUACGUGUUACAAACCCACAGACUUGUGA